GUACCGCGCGGGGAUUCGCGGGGCUCCUGAACUAAAGCUGCACCCUUUUUUCUCCGAAGCAAGCAGUUUCUGAACAGCUUGCUUUAUCUAAUCUCAAUCAAAGCAUACUUCGUACCCUGGACCAUUGCCAUCUCCCAAUAGUGUCCCCACCUCUUCCGAUAUUCCUUACGUGACAGCUGGGUUUCAACUCCACUGGCCUUUCUCUGUGUCUCUGACCAUGUCUGUCUGCCCGCCUACCUCUCUUUUUCUCUUUCUCUCUCCCUCCCGUGUACGCCUCUCACUGUGUGUCCUGGUUGCUAGUUGCGGCAAAUUUCAUGUGGGUAAAAAAACAGUUUAUUUUUUAUUCAAUGAAUGAGGACACUGUUCUUGAACCACUUUUCCUUCUGCCUGGGACGCACGCAGCCACGACUGCAGGAUAUCUUUGACCAGCCCCUUUCCCCUGUUAAUAUUGCCACUACCAACUUGGAGGGUCACUCUCGGGAUGGCAUCCCUGAAACCUGUGGGGUCUUAUCGGGAUCUCUGGCCUUUAGAAGCGAUCCAUGAUCUUGACCGCAGGUGGUUCUAAAACUACUGAGGGGUCGGUCCCUGAGCUGGGAGGAAACACACAGGUGAAAACGGUCCAGAGAUGUGAGGCUCUUAGUUUUCCGUCUAGUUCACUAAUUAGGUGGGCCUGAACCUUUGGCCUUUAAUCACACUUGGUUGAUUAUUAGAUCUGUCUUUCUCAACCCUAACCCUAACCUUUUCUUGUUUCCCAUGUGUUCUGAUCAUUACCUUUUUUUAAAAAAAUUGAGGUCAUAUUGUCUUAUAAUGCUGUGUACAUUUCAGGGGACCAUUCCUUUUUUUUGGUGAGGAAGAUUGUCCCUGAGCUAACAUCUGUGGCCAGCCAACAUCUGUGGAAAUCUAACUCUAUUUUGUAUGUGGGACACUGCCACAGCAUGGCUUGAUGAGCAGUAUGUAGGUGCACACCUGGAUCCUAACCCACGUACCCUGAGCUGCUGAAGUGGGGCAAUGGAACUUAACCACUAUGCCGCCAGGUGUUCUGAUCAUUCCUCUUUUUUUGUGGGAGAGCCUAGGGGAUCCCGAGGGGAUGAGUGGGUCCACGCUUGAUUGUGGUGUACUCAGUAUGUGUAGGGACAUCUCUUGGCCGUAUGGUGGCCCUUAGGGAAAGAAGGCGUAGAAGAAGGAAUAUGGAUGUGGCUACUGUAAAUAAUGAAGUAGACAAAAGUCUCCUUAACUUUAGGCAGGGCAUGGGACUCUGGAAGCACUUUCUGUUUGUGGAUUUUCAAAAUCUGUGCAUGGAAAUGGGGAGGUGAGAACUUCUCGUUGCUCACUUUGGUAGGCACUCAUUUCUGGUUUCCCUGCCUGAGAGAAAGGGGCUCUUAUCUCGGUUUCACACUUCAAGGCACUUGAAGGUUGAGCAACUUGCCUGGGAUCACAGAGCUAGUAAGGGGUAGAGCAGGAUCCUAAAUGAGGCAGUCUGGCUGCAGAGCCUGAGUUCAUGUGUUAGCAUCCCCUGUCCUGAGCUGCUCCUGUUGGGGUUCUCCUUAAAUGCAUGGAGACAGCUGUUCAUUCCAAGCACAGCUUUGUUCUUGUAGGCUGGAGUUCCUUAAAGCUCCUGCUGUUGGAGAUAGUGCACGGGAAGCAUCUAUUACCACGCUUUAGGGCAGCAAUUCUCAGAAUGUGGUGCUCACACCUGCAGCAUCCGAGGAUCCGGGGAGCCUGUUAGACAUGCAAAUCCCCUGGCACCCUUUUCAGACCAGUUCUGUAAAACCAGAAACUGGGCGGGGUCAACGAGAAUUUCAGGUGACUCUGAUGGAAGAUUGAGGCUCGCUCACUGCUCUGAGUUACUCCUCCCAUUGGCGUUGUUAUUCCAGUAUUAGAUUUUUGAGUAAGGGGUGAGACUUUGUGAAGUCAGUUGUUGACCAUGAUGACCAUCCAAUAUUUAUUUACCUUCUUCAGUUUGAUAAAAUUUAAAGUCUGAGGGACCUUAUUGAUUUCCUUGUGUACCCCCCUGGCUGCAGGUGGGCAAGCUGAAAUCAGCCCAGCCAGGACGUGCCACCCUGAGACAAGGCCCACUUUGUUGAGAAAAACGAAGUUUUCAUCUACUCAUUGGUGGCUAAACCCCUUGUUUAAAAUUGGUCAUAAGCGGAGAUUAGAAGAAGAUGAUAUGUAUACAGUGCUUCCAGAAGAUCGCUCAAAGCACCUUGGAGAAGAGUUGCAAGGGUGCUGGGAUAAAGAAGUUUUGAGAGCCAAGACAGACGCACGGAAGCCUUCUCUAACAAAGGCAAUCAUAAAGUGUUAUUGGAGAUCCUAUUUAGUUUUGGGAAUUGUUACGUUUAUUGAGGAAGUCAUCAAAAUAAUCCAGCCCAUAUUUUUGGGGAAAAUUAUUGAUUAUUUUGAAAAGUAUGAUCCCACCGAUUCCGCGGCUUUGUAUGAAACGUACGGCUAUGCAUUUGUGCUGACUGCCUGCACACUCAUCUUGGCCAUCCUGCACCACUUAUAUUUUUAUCACGUUCAGUGUGCUGGGAUGAGGUUGAGAGUAGCCAUGUGCCAUAUGAUUUAUCGGAAGGCACUUCGCCUUAGUAACGUGGCCAUGGGGAAGACCACCACAGGCCAGAUAGUCAACCUGCUGUCCAACGAUGUGAACAAGUUUGACCAGGUGACAAUAUUCUUGCACUUUCUGUGGGCAGGGCCACUGCAGGCUAUCGCAGUAACUGGCCUGCUCUGGAUGGAAAUAGGAAUUUCAUGUCUUGCCGGGAUGGCAGUUCUCGUCAUUCUUCUGCCUUUGCAAAGCUGCUUUGGGAAGUUGUUCUCGUAUUUCCGGAGUAAGACUGCAACCUUCACAGACAUCAGGAUCAGGACCAUGAAUGAAGUUAUAACUGGCAUAAGAAUAAUAAAAAUGUAUGCUUGGGAAAAGUCAUUUGCAGAACUUAUUACCAGUUUCAGAAGGAAGGAAAUCGCCAAGAUUCUGAGAAGUUCCUACCUUAGAGGAAUGAAUUUGGCGUCAUUUUUCAUUGCAAGCAAAAUCAUCGUUUUUGUGACGUUCACCACCUAUGUGCUCCUGGGCAAUGUGAUCACAGCCAGCCGUGUGUUUGUGGCAAUGACACUGUAUGGGGCUGUGCGUGUGACCGUCACCCUCUUCUUCCCCUCGGCCAUUGAGAGAGUGUCGGAGGCAGUUGUCAGCAUCCGAAGAAUCCAGAACUUUCUGUUACUUGAUGAGAUAUCACAGCAUGACCCUCAGCUGCCAUUAAAUGAUGGUAAAAUGAUAGUGCAUGUGGAAGAUUUUUCUGCUUUUUGGGAUAAGGCAUCAGAAACUCCAACCCUACGAGGCCUUUCCUUCACUGUCAGACCUCGUGAAUUGUUAGCCGUGGUUGGACCUGUGGGAGCAGGAAAGUCAUCACUGUUAAGUGCUGUGCUGGGGGAACUGCCCCCGAGCCAGGGGCUGGUCACUGUGCACGGAAAAAUCGCGUAUGUUUCUCAGCAGCCCUGGGUGUUUUCAGGAACUGUGAGGAGUAAUAUUUUAUUUGGGAAGAAAUAUGAAAAGGAACGGUAUGAAAAAGUCAUAAAGGCUUGUGCUUUGAGAAAGGAUUUACAGCUUUUGGAGAAUGGAGAUCUAACUGUGAUAGGAGAUCGAGGAACCACGCUGAGUGGAGGACAGAAAGCCCGGGUCAACCUCGCAAGAGCCGUGUAUCAAGAUGCAGACAUUUACCUCCUGGACGAUCCUCUCAGUGCAGUGGAUGCAGAAGUUAGCAGGCACCUGUUCGAACUGUGUAUUUGCCAAACCUUGCAUGAGAAGAUCACAAUCUUAGUGACUCAUCAGUUGCAGUACCUAAAAGCUGCCAGUCAGAUUCUGAUAGUGAAAGAUGGUGAGAUGGUGCAAAAGGGGACCUACACUGAGUUUCUGAAAUCUGGGGUAGAUUUUGGUUCCCUUUUAAAGAAGGAAAACGAGGAGACUGAACAAUCUCCAGUUCCAGGAACUCCCACGCUGAGGAAUCGGACCUUCUCGGAGUCUUCGGUUUGGUCUCAACAGUCUUCUAGACUGUCGUUGAAAGAUGGCACUCCAGAGGGCCAAGAUACUGAGAACGCACAGGUUACGCUAUCAGAGGAGAGCCGUUCUGAAGGAAAUAUUGGUCUUAAGGCCUACAAGAAUUACUUCACAGCUGGUGCUCACUGGCUUAUCAUCAUUUUCCUUAUUCUACUAAACAUCAUAGCACAGGUGGCCUACGUUCUUCAGGACUGGUGGCUUUCAUACUGGGCAAAUGAGCAGAGCGCCCUGAAUGUCACUGUAAAUGGAAAAGAAAAUGUAACUGAGAAGCUCGAUCUUAACUGGUACUUAGGAAUUUAUUCAGGUUUAACUGUAGCUACCGUCCUUUUUGGCAUAGUGAGAGCUCUGUUGGUAUUCUACGUCCUUGUUAAUUCUUCACAAACUUUGCACAACAGAAUGUUUGAGUCCAUUUUGAAAGCUCCGGUAUUGUUCUUUGAUAGAAAUCCAAUAGGAAGAAUUUUAAAUCGUUUCUCCAAAGACAUUGGGCAUAUGGAUGACUUGCUGCCCCUGACAUUUCUAGAUUUCAUCCAGUCAUUUCUACAAGUGAUCGGUGUGAUGGGCGUGGCAGUGGCGGUGAUUCCUUGGAUUUCGUUACCCCUGAUUCUCCUCAUCAUCGUUUUCUUUGUUCUUCGGCGAUAUUUCUUGGAAACAUCAAGAGAUGUCAAACGCCUGGAAUCUACAACUCGGAGCCCGGUGUUUUCCCACUUAUCGUCUUCUCUCCAAGGGCUCUGGACCAUCCGGGCAUACAAAGCUGAAGAGAGGUUUCAGGAACUGUUCGACGCACACCAGGAUUUGCAUUCAGAGGCUUGGUUCUUGUUUUUGACUACGUCCCGGUGGUUUGCUGUGCGUCUGGAUGCCAUCUGUGCCAUCUUUGUCACUGUUAUUGCCUUUGGGUCGCUGAUUCUGGCAGAAACGUUGGACGCUGGGCAGGUUGGUCUGGCAUUGUCCUAUGCCCUCACGCUCAUGGGGAUGUUCCAGUGGUGCGUCAGGCAGAGCGCUGAAGUUGAGAAUAUGAUGAUCUCAGUGGAACGGGUGAUUGAAUAUACAGACCUCGAGAAAGAAGCACCUUGGGAAUACCAGAAACGCCCCCCGCCGAGCUGGCCCCACGAAGGAGUGAUUGUCUUUGAUAAUGUUAACUUCACAUACAGUUUAGACGGGCCUCUGGUGCUGAAGCACCUGACAGCGCUCAUUAAAUCAGGAGAAAAGGUUGGCAUUGUGGGACGAACAGGAGCUGGAAAAAGUUCCCUCAUCUCGGCCCUUUUUAGAUUGUCAGAACCCGAAGGUAAAAUUUGGAUUGAUAAGAUCUUGACAACCGAAGUUGGACUUCACGAUUUAAGGAAGAAAAUGUCAAUCAUACCUCAGGAACCUGUUUUAUUCACUGGAACAAUGAGGAAAAAUCUGGAUCCCUUUAAUGAACAUACAGAUGAGGAACUAUGGGAUGCCUUAAAAGAGGUACAACUUAAAGAAGCCGUGGAAGAUCUUCCUGGUAAAAUGGAUACUGAAUUAGCAGAAGCAGGAUCGAACUUUAGUGUGGGACAGAGACAGUUGGUGUGCCUUGCCAGGGCUAUUCUCAGGAAAAAUCGGAUAUUGAUAAUUGACGAAGCGACAGCAAAUGUAGAUCUAAGAACUGAUGAGUUAAUACAGAAAAAAAUCCGUGAGAAAUUUGCUCAUUGCACUGUGCUAACCAUCGCGCACAGGUUGAACACGAUUAUUGACAGCGACAAGAUUAUGGUUUUGGAUUCAGGAAGGCUGAAAGAAUAUGAUGAGCCCUAUGUUUUGCUGCAAAAUAGAGAUAGCCUAUUUUACAAGAUGGUGCAACAACUGGGCAAGGCAGAAGCUGCUGCCCUCACUGAAACAGCAAAACAGGUGUACUUCAAAAGGAAUUAUCCUGCUAUUACUCACAAUGGCCAUGUGGUUAUGAACGUGUCCAAUGGACAGCCCUCAGCCUUAACUAUUUUUGAGACAGCACUGUGAUUCUGCUGCAUUGUCGUCUAUUCUGAAGGCAUUUUUUCAAUGGUUUUUGCACUGUAUAAACUAUAUUGUACUUUUUUCACACUAGCGAAACAUAUUUACACAGAGAUGUUAGUUUAUUUGAAUUUUUCCUCCAACUUCACCCAAUCAUUUCAAACUCUAACAAAAUGUUGUAUUGUUUUUAUUUAUAUGUGAUAGUAUUUUUUUUCCUUAUUCAAAUCAGAGGUGCAGGCCACCCAUAAAAACUGUCUACCAGGUUUUGUGCCUUAAGAGACCCCAGACCCAAAGCCCAUUUUAUAAGGUGUAAGACAAAAUUGUCACAUAUUUUUUUUUUUUACUGCCCCCAAGAUUACAUAUUACUUUCCAGUUUUAUCAGGAAUUCUGUUUACUUGAAGACUGUGUGAAGUUGCCAUUUUGUCUCACCACUUUCCUUAACAUAACUAGGAUCCGUUAUUUUCCCUAAAGACCUCUGGUUAAAAUAGUACAGAUAAAACUAAUAGGGGGGAAAAAUAUAUAUAUAUAUAUACACACACACACUUUAGUUUGUGACAUUAUAGUAGGAAGGGUCUGUCCCCCAGCCCCCAAAAAAGAUAGUAUGGUUAAAAUACAGAAGGACAAUAUUUAAUUGCAUGUUCUAAAAGAGAAUGAAGAGAAAAUAAUGCGUUCUCAAAAUAGGAGCCCUUAUAGGUGAUUUGAUAUUGAAGGACUCAAGUGUGGUCGUCGAUUGACGUUUAGACUGCACGACUCUGACAUGGUAACCAUUGCAGUUUUAGACUCAGCAUGGCGAUAUUUUCAAAAAAGCCCAAACCACUAACUGGAAUUCCUAAAUAGGAAGUAGUAGUCUUAUUUGGAUUUCUGGUUUACUGACAGUUAACCCUCUGUUGACUAUAAGCCUUUUGGUUUAGCCUUUAUUGAAACCCUUUCCCAAUUGCAUGCAUAGGCUCUCCUGACUUGGUGGUGAGAACUGAAAAUUGUUGGAAACAUUGACUGUAAUUAUGUCGUCUGUUCUCAGGAUGCACCCAGAAGGUCCACUUUCAUGAGCCUGCCCCGGUCAGUUUACUUUGGACCACUAAGAGCAGUUUGUUUCAGGUCUUUCUGAUUAGUGAUUCAACAAACCACAGUACUUCCUAUGGCCUGCUGUGUACUGUAUUUGAACUCUGGGUCUUCAGUUUUUCUCGAUGGUGGUGUCUAUGGUAUGUUGAGCUCAAGCUGCUAAAGGUUUUACUGUCACGAUUUUAAGUAGACUCUCAAGACCUCUCAGAAUAAGGUGUAACCACCCUCAAAUUGCAUAUGUUAACAUAUGUGCCUUCAUAUAGCUGGUUUGGGGACUCUUCAACAGAGAGAAACAGAUGUUUUCUAGAAUCAAGCCUUAAAAAGCACACCCACAGCAAAUUACCAAAAUACAUUGAGUGCAGUUGCUGUUUGACUCUUUGUAUUUAGGAAUAAUAUAGUUAAUGUUUAGUCCAGUAAAUUGUUUAAUAGUCAUGGUGAGUAUUUCAGGAAACUGACAUGACAACAGUGAUAAUAAUGCGGUUUGUUAAAACAGUGGAAAUAUGUGAAAUAUGUCUGUGUUUAUUUGGUCUUUAUAGGUUAAAAUCAGUUAAAUAAAUAUGUUUCUAUUUUAUUUCUGUUUUAACGUCAUCAUAGAAUUUUUUAAUGAAACGAAAUUCAAUUGAAAUAAAUGACAGUUUUCAUCUCCAUUCAGAGAUCUGUAUUCUUGUUCUUAGAGGGAUAACUGACUCAUGUCUCUGCUGUUGAAAGCCAGUGAGUCUUUCUGAGAUCAAAAAAUAUCUUCCAUUCUCAAAGGUUCUCUUAGCUAAUUAGGUGUACCAAAUAUUAUAAGCAAAUAGGUGGGUUUCAGACGGAUUGAAACAGUUGCCAUUGAAGCAAGUCCAGUUGCACCCCUUCCAUGAAGGAAGAAUAUUAGCUUAUGCCCUAGACUUGAACAAGUAUUAAAUUGUUGAAGUUUUUGUUUUUUGAAAGGUAACUUUGCCCUAAACUAGCAAGAAACAUCUGUUGCUGCUACAUUUAAAACACUAUGGAAUAAUGGUUCUCAAAGCGUGGUCCCUGGACCAUCAGCAUCACCUAAGAACUUGUUAGAAGUGCAGAUUCUUGUAUCUCACCCCAGAUCUACUGAAUCAGAAACUCUAGUGGGGCCCAGUAGUCUGUGUCUUAAAAACUCUAAAUGUGAUUCUGAGGCAGACAGAAGUCUGAGAACUUAGCUAGAACAUAACUCCUAAAACUCAUCAGGAAAAACACAGAAAGCCCAAUUAGAGAAAUGAACAAGAGACUUGAAUAGGCACUUCACAAAAGAGAAUAUCCAAAUGGCCAAUAACUGGAAAAGUGCUCACUCUUGUUGGUAACUAGGGAAAUGCAAAUUAAAACCACCAUGAGAUACCACCAGACACCCAAUGGAAUGGCUAAAAUUAAAAAGAUUGAGAAGACCAAUCAAGCACCAGUGGAGCAGUGGGAACUCGCAUGCCCUGCUGUGUGUAUAUUGACAAAACGGCUUUGGAAAACAGUCUGACAGCAUUUACUCUAGCUGCGCACCCUGUGAUCUGUUGAUUCUACUCCAAGGCUGUACACAUGUGCUCCAAGAGAUGUGUUUAAGGAUGUUCCUAGAAACAUAAUUCUGGAUAGCCCCAAACCGGAAAUAAUCCAGAUGCUCAGCAGCGACAGCUGGUAAAUGAACUAUGAUGCCAUGGAAUACUCUACAGCAACGAAAGCGAUUCAACUACCUCGACAACGCAGGUGAAUCUCAAAGACUGAAGAAGCCCGACCCAAAAGGACAUUUAUGAUUCCAUUUAUACAAAGUUCCAACAACUGAACAACAGUGUUCAAAGUCAGAACAGGGCUUCACUUUGGGGAGGUGGAAGGUGGUGGUAAUUGGAAAAAAAAAAAGGGCAGCUUCUAGGAUGCUUAAAUCAUGGGGGUUUUUGGCUGCCUGAUGGUUAGAUCGGUAUUCAUUGGGCUCUUCAUGUAUUUUCUGCACUUUUCUGCUGUAUGUCGUACUUCACAAUUGUUACCUAAAAAGUUCUCAGCCUUGUCUUUCUUUUAGAAUCUUAUUCAAAUUCAGUGGCUCAGUCGUCUAAAACUGAAUAAUCUGCAUCUGGGAAGUUAUCUGUGCUGAGGUCUUAAAAUGUAAGGCUGUUCAAGGGUUGUCUGGUGGCCCAUAGCAGAUGGCCUCAUUUGAAGCUCUUGGGGCAUGAGUAGUCAAGGUCUAUUUUUUCUCUAACCAAUUAAUAAAUCCCACUUACUCUCUUCAAUUGCAGCAGAAAUUAAAAGAGAACUGUAACAUU